UGUCCUUUCUUUCUGAUGUUCGACCCCCUCGCCCUUUAACCGGUUCACCUGUGCUUUCAUCGAGCGAGGACUACCCCUUACUAAUUACCGGCAGAUCGAUAAUCAUCGAUGAGGACCGUGCACGAGGCUUUUCGGAGCAGUCCAGGCUCGUCGGCGAGCGAGGCAACAUUAAGAAUUGCGGCUUCUUCGAUCGUAUCAAAUAUACACAAGACUGCGACUUUAUCGCAUCUGCUUGUUCGUAUAGCUUUAGUUUGUAGUACAUUUUCAAUAUUUCUUGGUAUUAAAGUGAUGGAUUUGACCGGAAAUUGGUUAAAGUUCAUUCGUGAUGUAAAAUUCUACAAAUUUAAUACUGUUAUUUGAAAGCGUGUAAAUCUUGGUGAGCGCAAAAGAGUUUACGAUUUUUCACUAACGGAAAAAGUUCGUGAAAUUUCUCGCCGCCGAUCUUGCGGGUAAAAUGGAGAAAUAUGAAAAUAUCGAGAUAGUGGGCGAGGGAAGUUACGGACUUGUGAUGAAAUGCAGGCAUCGCGAAACCGGACAAAUAGUGGCGAUAAAAAAGUUCUUGGAGACGGAGGAAGAUGUUCAGGUGCGAAAAAUGGCGUUUCGUGAAAUAAGGAUGUUAAAGAAAUUACGUCAUGAGAACCUGGUGAGCAUGAUCGAAGUGUUUCGCCGAAGAAAGCGGCUUUAUCUCGUGUUCGAGUAUCUUGAUCAUACCGUGCUUGAUGAGUUGGAGGAAAGUGAAAAUGGUCUCGACAAGGAGAAAUCAAGACGAUAUAUUUUCCAAAUACUUCGCGGCUUGGAUUUCUGUCACAAUCACAAAAUCAUGCAUCGCGACGUGAAACCCGAGAACGUGUUGGUGUCACCGAAUGGCGUGAUCAAGCUCUGCGACUUCGGUUUCGCGCGUUACGUCACCGGGCCCAACGAGUCCUGUACCGAUUACGUGGCAACGAGAUGGUAUCGCGCGCCAGAGCUCCUCGUUGGCGAUUCCAGAUACGGCAGAGAGAUCGACGUUUGGGCGGCCGGAUGCAUCUACGCCGAGAUGGUCACCGGCCAGCCGCUCUUCCCCGGUGACAGCGACGUCGAUCAGCUGUACCGCAUCACGAAGAUGCUCGGUCCUUUUCACAGCAAGCAGUCGGCAAACGGUAGCGGCAAACAUUUACUUCUCCGGCACGCGAAAGCCGAUGAGGUUGCUGGCUUAACGCGAUCCCCAGCGGCUCUCCGAAGUCUCUUCCCAACGUGGAGUCCGAUGGCAAUCGAUUUUCUGACACAGUGUCUUCGCAUAGAUCCUGCCGCCAGACCGAAAUGCCUUGCGUUACUGCAGCAUCCAUUUUUCUCGCAGGAUGGUUUUGCCGACAGGUUUCUCGGUGAAUUGCAGCGACUCGUCGCGAAAGAAUCCGCGAUGAAUCUGCUCGGGACCAGGAGGACGGAAACAUCUUCCAGAAUCUGCCGCAGCAGCAUCGGAAGAUGGCAGAUGACGUUAAUCAAAGAGAGACGAGCGGCGAAUAACAUGGAACUCGAAGCUACGGAAAGCGAAAGCUCGCCGGGAGAUCGGGUUAACGCGAAUCCCGCGAGUAAGCUGCAGAUAAACCGGCCGCGCGAAUUACGUUACUUCGGACCGGUCUCGGUAAUACCGAACACCACGUAUAUUCGACGGCUGGAGCACAAAGGGCUUCUGAUCCCUGAAUCGAAGGGCUGUGUCUUGCCGGCUCUUACGUCGAAGACGAACGCCAAGAGAAAAAAGCUCGAGCUGCCCGGCGUGAAAAAUCGUUGAUCGUGCCCGAUAAAAGAGCACGUUUCCUUUUCGUAAUAUUAACGUCGAGGAAAGACCAAGGGAGAGCUCAUGAACUGUACAGAGAAACUCAUUAUGUGCGAGACGUGGAGCGUGUAUGUACAUAUUUAUAUUUUCCACACUCUAUAAAUGGACAAAUGUAAAUGUAAAAUGUCGAUAGUGUGUCUGUAAUGCGCGAUUUAUUCGCACUCUGUAAGAAAGAGAAUAAACACUGAGAUUUCCUUUCACUUUAUAUCGAAAUACACCGGAACAUAUGAAUAUCCAUGCACAUUUUCAUGUUUUCGAAUUUCCGGAAAGCGUUUCGGCAGCCACAU